UCGCCACCACUGCAGGCUGCAGCAGUGCCGCUCUCCUUCAUCUUCCUCUUCUCGCCGGCGAUCGCAAAUUGAGCUCCGCGAUCCGCGGUAUUCAGCCAUCCAUGGCAUCCUUCCUCGGUGCCCGAGUUCUAUCCUUCCCCUUCGACGCCGCGCAUCGCCGUGACGGCCGGUUGCCGUUCUAUCCUAAUCUCAGGUUUGGGUUUGAUCGCCGACUCGGGAAUGGGAAGAAGACGAGGCACGUGGGGAGUCCUCCCCCGUCCGUGGCUUCCCCCACCAUGAAGCGGGAUUCCCUGCCCGAUCCCAACAUCAAGGCUUUGUUACUUGUUGCUGCUGAAGAUGAAGCUUUCAUGUCACUGAAUCAUGACAUGGAUGCACAGUCAGUGCGGAAUGAAAGGGAAGUUGCAACUGAUCAAUUUAGUGGUCAAUUAGAAGUCGAUUGUGUGGAAGAUAUGUCCUUAGCUGGAAAGAGCAUAUCUGGGUGGUUAAAUGAGUUGGAUGUGAUAGCAAAACAAGUUGAAGCAGAGUUAAUUUCCAGAGACAUAGGUUGCCAUCUGCUUGAAAUCUUGGAGGCUGUUAAUUUUGUUCUCUUUGAAUCAAGAAGUUUCAAAAGAUUUCCUGUACUAGUAGAUUCAAAAUUCUCAUACUUGCAUACGGUCCUUAGCACUGGAUGCGGGAGCAACAUAAUGUUCAGUGUUAUAUAUGUUGAAGUAUGUCAAAGGCUUGGUGUUAACAUUGUGGGCUCUAAGGUUGGGGAAGAUUUUCUGAUUUGGCCACAAUCAGGAAAUUCAGCGGAACUUUUCAGUAUUGCUUCUGGACGUAGCCUGUUUGCUACCAUCAAUGGCAAAUGUGUCAAGGAUCCAAGAUCCAUGGCUUCUGAAAUGGACAGCACCUCAGUUUCAAGACUUGAUAUUGCCACUAAGAGAGAUAUUAUUGGCAUUGCUCUAGCUAAUCUGAUCAGAUUUUAUUGGAAACGGGCUUCAAAGGCAAAUCAUGGCUUAAUGUUAACUUCUCCACUUAAACCUAUCUAUCCUGGAAAUGACAAAGCUGGCAUGGGAGGAAUUUUGAAUAUUCCACUGUUGCGGCCCCAGGACCUCAGGUUGGCCAUUAUGGCUUCCGAACGGCUAUUGAUACUACAGCCUGGCAAUUGGACUUUACGAAGAGAUCAUGGUAUGCUUCUGUACUACAGCAGGAGGUAUGCUGAGGCAGUUCAAGAACUCAGCAUUUGCAUGGCUUUCGCGCCCGAGGAAGAGGCAGAGAUUCUGGAACCAUUUGUGGAGAAGCUGCACCUUCUGCGUCUUCUAUCAUCCUGGGAGUGUUUGGAUCAAUUUGGCUCGGUUCCAAUCUCUUGAUACACUGACUCUAGUUGUCGGCACUCACCGGCGGAACAAAGUAAUUCUUACUGGAGAAGGGGUAAUCAUUCCAACUAUGCAGAAAAUGCAACUUUUCCAAGCUGAUGACUCAUGAUCCCAUGUUGCUGUUAUCGGCAUCUUCACGGUUUCUUCGCCAAUGCAAACGGAGUGAUAAUGAGACACAAAUAUCUAUCAGUUGCUGUCUCAAGGUCAGAGAAAAAAUGGUAUUGGAAUUGAAUGUUUCAUUUGAUCAUUGUAAAAUUAUUCGGAUCCUUUAUGGGGUUGUUCUGGGAUUGAUAGGCGAUAGCAUAGUGAAGUUGGAAUAUAUCUGGCAUGAUCCGACAACUUUUGGGUCUCGUAAUUUAGAUGGACAUGACUAAACCCUGUGGUUGCGUAGAGGAGGCUGAGAAAAAUGAGAGUUUUAAGGGAAGUAAUAUGCUAAAAAGAAAAGAAAAGCAAAGAAAUGCAUUAUUUUAUUUUUCUCA